AUGGUGAACCCGUCGGAGCUCUACCACCGGAUCCUCGACGUCCCCAGGGGCACCUCGUUGCAGGGGCUCCGCGCCGCGUACAAGGGCCUCGCCAGGAAAUGGCACCCCGACAAGCACCCGCCGGCCUCCAAGCCCGAGGCCGAGGCGCGCUUCAAGGCCAUCACCGAGGCCUACGAGGCGCUCCUAGACCAGCAGGAGAACAGGGCGGUGUUCGGGGUGUGCAACGACGACCGGGCCAGCGAGAUGUUCGGGACGUUCGGCUCCGGAGGCGGCGGCGGCGCGCGCAUGGCGAGGACGCGCAGCGACGACUUCUCCAUGAGGAGCGCGCCCGCCACGCCGGCCAGGGAGUUCACCAAGGUCUACAGCUCCGGCAACACGGGCGGGCGCCGCGCCUUCGCCGAGUUCUUCAGCUCCAUCAUGCGCAAGGCGCUGCCGCUGGAGCGCACCCUCGAGUGCAAGCUGGAGGAGCUCUGCCGGGGCAGCAAGAAGCAGGUCAAGUUCACCCGCGACGUCGUCACCAAGAACGGGUACUGCUCGUAUGGAAUGUAA